ACUUUAAUGUUUAUCAACAAAAUUUUAAAGAUAAUUUAUAAAUAGGUAUCUCCAAUUACAGUAAAAUGAAUAAAGGAAAGUGGUCAAAUGAAAAGAUUCAUGAAUUUGUAUCAUCUUAUAUUUCUCAUCCUGCAUUAUGGGAUAUUUCCAACCCCGAUUAUGCUCUAAAAUCUAAUAGAGAAAAAGCUUACAAGGAUAUACAAGACGAAUUUAAUCUGACAUUAGCUGAAGUAAGAAACAAGAUCAGAAUUUAUAGAACAACAUACGCACAAGUUUUAAAAAAAAUGGAAACAACCACUGGCUUCAUUCCGAAAAUGUCAUGGUUUGAUGAGAUGCACAAAGCUUUCUGUAAAGGCAAAGCAAGAUCCUUCAUAAAAUCAUCACCAAAGAUCAAAAAAGAAUUCAACAAAAUUAAAAUGAUUGAAGUUGAUUACAAUACACAGUCGAAUGAUGAGACAGAGCAGGACGAAAGUGAAAAAGAAAUCGACUUUGAUUUCAACCAGCCCAGCAAAUCAGACGAUUCGAAUCAGCAUCAUGUCAUCAUUGAAAGCUAUGAUGAUGAAUAUGAGGACGACUUUAAAAACAUUCCUUCUCACGAUAACACAACUGCAUCAACAUCUCAACGACCUGGAACUUUAUCAAACGAACUCUUUCUGAAAAGUCUCCAAGCCACAUUAGACAACCUACCAGAUGAUAAAAACAUGAAGGCGAGAAUUAAAAUUCAAGAAAUUUUAUAUAACAUUGCAUACGAUAUUGAAAAAUAAAAAAAAAUUUAGUUUUAAUAAGAAAACGAAUUUCAUUUUUUAAGAGCCUUAAAUAACCGAGAAAAUGUAAACAGUACAUUCAUGAUUUUGCUGUGUUUUACUAUCCCUGAAGUGCCUUCGAUUUAUUUUUAACUCUCUUGAUUUUCUUCAAUCCAUCCAUAUUCGCUUUCAUGAUUUUUCCAUAUGAUUCCAUAAACUUAGAAAUGUCUGAUUUUUUGACAACUGUCGACAGCUUUUUGUUCUUUGCUUUCAUUCGUAUUAGGCAGUAGUUUUCGUUAGAUUCCAAAUGCUGGGGCUUUCCCGCUCUAGGUUUUGGCUUAUCAAUUCCAUCAU